UCUCCUCCCUCACUCUUAGCCCGGGGAGGUCCCUCUGCUCUCCCCCUCCUUUCUCAUUCCCUCUCCGGGGACUGUGACCAUGGCUGCCCCGUGCAGGACUCAGCGAAGCGGGCUGCUGGAGCUACGCAGCCCCGGGGAGCGCUGGCUGCGAGUACUGCUGCUACUCGGAGAGGAAACUCUGAGCUACACAUUGGAGCCUGAGCCCGGGGACACCGAGGAGAAAGCAUUGAACGGCGCAGACCUCACCGGAGGCGUCCCGGAGGCUAUUGUCAACCUACGGCGGACAGUGAGGGUUGUCAAGCAGGAGGUGGGAGGGCUGGGGGUCAGCAUUAAGGGGGGCAGAGAGAACAAGAUGCCCAUACUCAUCUCUAAGAUUUUUAAGGGCCUGGCAGCUGACCUAACUGGAGCCCUAUAUGUUGGGGACGCUAUCCUUUCUGUAAAUGGGGCUGACCUAUCAGAGGCUACACAUGAUGAUGCAGUACAGGCGCUCAAGAAGACUGGCAAGGAGGUGGUACUAGAAGUAAAAUACAUGAAAGAAAUUUCUCCUUACUUCAAAAGCUGCCCUCCCAGUGGUUCCGCAAGCUGGGAUUCUGUUCCUCCUCCCCCUCCACACAAGAGGAACUCUCCAGCUACACUUCCUCGGGAUUCUAAAGAUGGAAAGAGUAUCCCACUGAAGAUGUGCUAUGUAUCCCGCAGGAUUCUACCUGCAGACCCUGAGUCCAGAUACCUGGAAAUUUGCUCUGCAGACAGUAGAGAUGUGCUAUUUUUGCGGGCAAAAGAUGAAGGAACAGCCCUGUCCUGGUUUAAUGCUAUUCAUGGCAAUAUUUGUGCUCUGACUCCACGUGUUUGCGAAGAAGUCAAGCAGCAUCUGGGGAAAGACAUCAAACAGAUAGGGUGGCUGACUGAGCAGCUCAUACAGGAUGGGAAGAGGAAUCUCCUGGCCAUUCUAACAGAGAAGGAUCUUCUGUUGUACACAACCCUCCCACACACAAGGGAAGGAUUCGCCAAACCUGCAUUUUGUCACCCACUCAUCGCCACCAGGCUUGUGCACUCUGGUCCCUCAAAGAGCGUUUCAAUGUAUGACACUGAGUUGGCCUUCGCCUUGAGGUGUGGCACACACAAGGGAGUAGAGACUCACCUGUUCAGCGUAGAGACACAGAAGGAGCUGGCAGCGUGGACACGGGUAUUGGUAGAUGGAUGUCACAGUGCAGCUGAACUCAUACAGGAAGUGACAACAGGAUGCACGUGGGGCACCAACGAAUGUUCCCUCUCCAUACACAUUGAUCAGGGGUUCACCAUUUUCAGAGAGGAGCCUGGACGUAACAAGAUCAUCCACCUCCACCAACCGUUUGAGAAACUACGAAUGUCUUCUGAUGAUGGUGCCAGGAUGUUGUAUCUGGAUUUUGGCAGCACCGAGGGGGAAAUUCAACUGGAUCUUCACUCCUGUCCAAAAACAAUUGUUUUCAUCAUACACUCCUUCCUAUCAGCCAAAGUUGCCCGUCUAGGCCUUUUAGCUUAGAGUGUGAGGAUUUAUAUGAGACAGUACAGGCCCGAGCACUAAAGAAGAGGGGACAUUACAUGGGGGUUCUGAAACAAGCAGCUGGAGAAAUCCUGUAUUAAUUUAACAUCAAUAUUAGAUAUGUAUUAGUCUAAACAUUUGUUACGGCACAUGCUGACCCUGUGUGAGGCUGUACUGCUUAUUUUAUUCAUUUGAAUUGUACAUAAGCCAAAAUAAAUACUUAUAUAUAGGGACAAAAUGACAAGCACAGACUCAUUUUAAUGUUAAAGCAAUAAUGAAGUAGGUAAAAAAAUAAUAGAUACUGCAGUACAUAUAUUGAUAUGGGGUGCUGCCAAAUUUACACAUCUCAUAUCUAUUUGAACUAAAUUAUAACAGUGCAUGUAAAAAUAUUUACAGAUGUCAGAUUUGGAUACAGACUUUAGAUGUAUUACUAAUAUUAGUACAGUUUGAUCAUUAGAGGAUCACAUAAUCCUAUUCCAGAUUGGAGAUUGGUCUUUUUUUAAAAGAAAAAGUAAUUUUAAAGAUUAAUUAUUAUCAUGUCCCAUCAGUCCUGAUAGCUCCAGUAUGGCAAAUACUCAACAAAAUGUUCCAUCAGCUAAUCACAAUAGAUCCAAAUAGACUGGUCACUUAAACAUGACACUGUCUUUAGUACACAUUGGUCCUAGCAGGGAUCAAGCAGUACAUUUUUCUCUAUAAGGAUCUGAUGAUCUAAAGCUAUCUCCGUUCUGGUGAGAUUAUCUAAGAGGUCUCAUUAUUUUAAGGUCCCUAAAAUAAUUUUCUAAAGGCAAAUUUAGCUGGAGAACUGUUUAUCUCGCUAUGCAGUGUACUGGAUAUGAAGCCCCAAAAGAUUUUGUGUGAUUUCUCUCCGUGCCAGUGAGAUUUUCAUCAUCAGGCCAUACGCCUGAAACAUAUUACUGCUAACAACAGCCGGAAAUGGCAAAUCUAUAAUUAUACUCAUCCUCAUUUAGAUGCAAAGUAAAAAUGAAACAGUAAUACACAGUUGAACCUGAAAUUACACAACUAGAUGGUGUUGCAUGGAUGUUAUCACUUAUAUUCAGUCAUUCACCUUAUGACUAUAAAAAAUACCAUUUGGAAUUCUUAAUUAGGGUUUGCCUGUUUUUCAUAGGUAACAGACAAAUUUAGUGUAUUGAUGUUUAUUAACUUUUAUAAAAAGUGUGACGUGAGGCAAUACAGUUUUUAAAUAAAGAUUUAGAAUUUUUAAAUUAAAUUCCUCCAAACAGUCACUCAUUUGGCAAAAGAAUACAUUAAAAAUGGUUAAUUCUCAGUAUAUGUGGUGCCUUAAAUAUAUUUUUAUAUUAACUGUUUAAUUAAAAGUAGUAGAGAGAAAUAGGCACUUCCACUUUUGCCAGAAAGUUGUCAGAACUCAUACAGUGCCUUCACUGGGAAUUCACAAGAAUUGUUCAGAUCUUUUGUCUGCAAUCAAAUAUUUUUAAUAGUGCUCAGGGGUUAAUUUUAUGUUAUUCUGAGCAUGGAAGGGUGUAAAUAAUUGAAUGGCUUUGCACUCAAUUUCUCUUUCAAACAUGUACAUAUUCAUAGAAUACAUAUUUAUAACAGCACAUUCAAAGUGUUACAACUUUAUUUAAAUCUUAUUUUGAGCAAAAUAUUUUGUAAAAUAAGAUACUCCUUUGCUCCCAUUAAAGAAACAGUUUUGUAGGAAGAACCAUCACCUAGCUUUAAUAUGCACUUAAAAUAAACCCUGAUGUCGCUGAAACAAAUCUCUGUAAAUUUUCAUUAUUUAUUAUUGUAAGCAGGUUUUUCUGUUUGUAUUUGAAAUGUUUGUAUGCACAAAUAUAUAAAGUUUUAUUCCUAAAAAUUGUGAAAAGGUUGAAAGUAGAAAUUUCAUCUGAUUAUAGUGAGAAAAAACAUUCACAAUUUUUCUGGGGUUUCACAAUACAAACAUAGAAAGAAGAGAAAGGUGCCUGGAGUUGAAAUGACUUUUGCAUUAGUGGUAUUUACAUACAGCAAGCCUUCCAUAAGUAUAUUAGGAUGGCUUCAUAUUCGCUUGUUGAUUGAGGGAUUGUGGGUUAAGGAGCAAACAUAAUUUGGAAUUCACACCUUCCUCGGGUAUUAAAGUGAAUGUCAAUUUUGAUGCUAAAGUGCCUGUUUUUUAAAAAUUCGAUUAAAAACAGGGGCACUUUAAUUCAUCAAAAUUUAUAUUUCACUCCUGUUGAGAAAAAAAAACUUACCUUUUAAUCUUCACAGCAGCUCCAGCUUCCUCCGGUCGUUGCAAGCCAUUUCUGACGUCAGAAAUGAUGGAUAGGUCAUCCUCCAAUCACAGCUUCCCCCGGAGGAAUCAGUGUCUGAUUCAACGCCGUGAUUGGAGGAAGCCGGAUUCCUCAUUUUAGACCCAGGAAGAGGCUUUGCGACGGGCGGAGGAAGCUGAAGCUGCUGUGAAGAUUAAAAGGUAAGUUUUUUUUUUUCACAACAGGAGGGAAAUGUAAAUUUUUAUGAAUUAAAGUGCCCCUGGUUUUAAUCAAAUUUUUAAAAACCGGGCACUUUAGCAUCAAAAUUGACAUUCACUUUAAAGGGAUAUAAAGGUCAAAAUUUUAUUUUAAAUACUAGCAUUUUUGCAGUAUACUUCCAUUAGCAAAAAUGUUUCUAGUGAAAGUUAUCACUCUUUUUCAGCAGCAUACGCUCAUAUGCUGUGAGGGCCCGAGCCCCAGUAUUCAAAUACCAGUGCUUCUCAGCAGUGGGGGUAUGAUACAAUACACCACUGUUAGCUCUCUGAGCAAGCGUGGAGUUUGAAUACUAGUGCACAGGCCCUCACAGCAAAUGUGCAUAUACCGCUGAAAAACUCUAAUGACUUUUACUGGAAGCAUUUUUGUAAUAUAAGUGAAUUGCAGAAAGGCUUAUAUUUAAAAUACAAAUGCACCCAUUUUGACCUUACUAUCCCUUUAAAGGGAUGUUAAACAGCCUGUUUCAUUGUUGUAAUAAAAAAGCACUAAGCAGUUGUUUAUACUCAAAAAGACAUGAAAUCCAAAUUUAUCCUUUCAUUAUUCACAUAGAACAUGCAAUUUUAAAUAACUUUCCAAUUGAUUGCUAUUAUAUAAUUAGUUUUUUUCUUUUUUUAUCCUUUGUUGAAAAGUAUACAUAGGUAGGCUCAGAAGCUGCUGAUAGGUGGCUGCACAUAAAUGCCUCUUGCCAUUGGCUUUGAGGUAGCUCCCAGAAGGACAUUACGGCUCCUUCAUCAAAGUAUACCUAGAAAAUGAAGCAAAUUAGAUAAUAUGAGUAAACUGGAAAGUUGUUUAAAAUUGUAUAACCUAUCUAAACCAUGAAAGAACAAUUUGGGGUUUCAUGUCCCUUUAAUAGAAAUCAUUGCAAUAUGUAGUAUUCAUCUAUUUAAAUGGAUUUUACCUUUUAAUUAUUUUUUGACCCUACAUUUGUGCAGUGUCCAUUACUUCCUGUCACAGCUCUACAAGGAGGAGGGGCCUCUGCAGGAAGGUUUAUCUUAGCCUGAUGUCAUAAAACUUCUAGGCAGGUUACUAUUAAUAGAUUACAGGGAGUCAGACUUGCUCAUGCUCAGAACAGGCAGAAUAAAACUGAGGUUUUAAAAUGUCUCCACUCUUAUCACACUGGGCGGAGGAGGUUACACUGAGAAUUUCUAAUUUUGCAAGAAAACAAGUAAGUUAUUUACUAUUUUUAUUACACAAUCUGUUUCUUUUUAUAUUUACUUUGAUUUAACAUAUUUGUUUUUACCAAAGGAGCACUGUUUAAUAUCCCUUUAAGAUCUGAAAUGAUGUAUGUUGUAAAAAUGACGUGUUUGAUGCAAAUUACUCAUGCUCAGUUUUCUACCAUGUAUGUUAAGAGCAUUUGUAUGUUAGGUCGAUAAACAUGAUAGAAAGGUCAUGUUGUUGCAGCACACACAAAUCCUUGCAGUGUUUUAGAGAAUAAUCUAGAUUGUGUGGAUAAAAAAAAGAAUUGCUACGGAGCAACUGUGUUUCAAGAAAAAUGUAUUUCCAAACUUUAAUUAAAGGGACAUUCCAGUCAAAAUUUAAACGCACAUAGAAGAACUACAUCUUUGACUAGGAGCAUAUUUGCAAGAUAUAUGUAUUGUCCAAAAUGCUUUUAGUAACAGACUCAGUUAUCACUGUUUUAGUGUUAACAUGUUUUUUUGCGCUUGCACGUGAGGCAUAUAGCUAAAUAUUCUCAGUGCACCCGAAUUUUAAAUACUGCAGCUUCUCAGAGCACCAGUGGGGCUUUUAUCAUGUCAGCAAUUAACAAAUUGAGCCAUUAACAGAUGGUACAAGCACCUUAGGCUCCCUGAGCAAGUUCUGUGAUUAAAAUGCUGGUGCAUGGUGCAUACUUAAAUACACUUUUGAAACAGCUAUAGCUUUUAUUAGAAGCAUUUUUGCUAAUGCAUGUGUAUUACAAGAAUGCUUCUAUUCAAAAAUAAAAUACAUCCAUGUGGACUCCAAUUUUUGCUGGAAUAUCCCUUUAAUAUUUUUGUUAUGCCCGUUUACAUGCAUGUUAGGAAAAGUGUGUUAUGUCCAUUUUGUUUUUGGUUUAAAUGUCUCUCAUAAAGGGAAUAUAACUGGAUUUGCAAACCUAUAAGGCAUAUAUUCUGUGUUCUCAUUGAUUCUUUAAGGCACCAGUGGACCAUUCUCAUACGAUGGGUACAGAUUGAUUGACGGCAUUUAAUAUAUAGUAGUAGGAUGUAAGUCAGUAAGGAUGGAUUUUCUUUUUAUCCCAUUGGCCUUAAUCUAAUGUCACAUUUUACAUUGAUUGUUGCACAAUAUUUAACAGUUGUUUGUGAAGUUUGUUAGAGCAAUAAUAAAUACAUUAAACAUAUGACUUUAUUAUCA